AUGUCCCUCACAAACGCCUCGGCCGACGCCGCCGCCGCCGCUGCAAAGACAGCCUCGUACACGCUCGCCUCCCUCGCCGCGACCGACCGCAACGCCGCCCUCGACGCCGUCCACGACGCCCUUGCCCGCGCCCGCGACGACAUCCUCGCCGCAAACGCCCGCGACCUCGACAACGCCCGCGCCGCCGCCGCCGAGGGGGACGCCCAGGCCCAAGCCCUUGUCUCGCGGCUUGAUCUGGGGAAGAAGGGCAAGUGGGAGGAUAUGCUGCGCGGUAUUCACGAUGUGCGCGACCUCGAUGAUCCAGUCGGCCGUGUCCAGAUGCGCACCAAGCUCGACGAUGACUUGACUCUUGAGCGUGUCUCGUGCCCCAUUGGCGUCCUUCUCGUCAUCUUCGAGGCCCGCCCCGAAGUCAUCGCCAACAUAGCCUCCCUUGCCAUCAAAUCAGGCAACGCCGCCAUCCUCAAAGGCGGCAAGGAGUCCACAGAAUCCUUCGUCGCCAUCGCCAGCGUCAUCUCCUCGGCCCUCGACGCCACCGCCGUCCCCAACGCCGCCAUCCAGCUCGUUACCACCCGCGACGCCGUCGCCCAGCUCCUCGCCCAGGACCGCUACAUCGAUCUCGUCAUCCCCCGCGGCUCAAAUGACCUGGUCCGCCACUGCAAGGACUCGACAAAAAUUCCCGUCCUCGGCCACGCAGACGGCAUCUGCGCGAUCUACCUCGCCGCCGACGCCGACCCGCAAAAGGCCGUGACCACCCUCGUCGACGCAAAGACGUCAUACCCGGCCGCCUGUAACAGCGUCGAGACCCUCCUCGUUCAAGACACGGCGCUUCCCAGUCUUCUCCCCGCCGUUGCCACCGCCCUCGUCGCCGCCGGCGUCUCCCUCCGCUGCGAUGCCCCCUCGCGCGCCGCCCUCGCCAACCUGCGCAACGGCAGCGACGGCCUCAUCCGCGACGCCGUCCCCGCCGACUACGACACCGAGUUCCUCUCCCUUACUCUCGCCGUCAAGACCGUCUCGACCCUCGACGACGCCAUCGCCCACAUCAACACCCACGGCUCCCACCACACCGACGCCAUCCUCACCGCUAACCCCGCCGACGCUGAGCGCUUCAUGAACCGCGUCGACUCGGCUGGCGUCUACUGGAACGCCUCAACCCGCGUCGCCGACGGCAUGCGCUACGGCUUCGGCACAGAGGUCGGCAUCAGCACAAAUAAGAUCCACGCCCGCGGGCCCGUCGGCCUCGAGGGCCUCACCAUCUACAAGUACAAGCUCAGGGGCGACUACCAGGCCACGGCCGCGUACGGUGAGGGCGAGGGCAAGAGGCGCUGGAAGCAUGAGGCGUUGCCGCUGUAA